AUGGCAGGGCAGUGGCGGGAAAUUCUGGCCCGGGAGUACUGGGAGCACGAUGAUAACCGCCAGUUGCAAGGAGAGAUUCGUCACAUCGCACAGCUGCAAUACAACACGGAGCAGAUGCUUGGGGAACAGGAGGGCUUUACGAGGAUUGUGCAGCUGAUCGACGACCUCGUUCGCCGGCAGGAGGUGGAUGGCAGAUGCUGUCUAUGCUUUAAGAAACUGAAGCUUGAAGGCGUGUUGCGUGCACUGAAUCUGGAUGAGUAUACGCAGAAGAUGCUGUUGGACAGUGUCCAUGACGGCCUUCAUGCGGACGUCGAGCGCGACUGCGAGCUCCGAGACGUCUUCAUCGAUCUUCCAGACGGGCAGAAGUUGCAUCUUGAGCUCCCGCAAGACAUGGAGGCCCUCCGAAUCCAGGAGCUGGUUGCUCAGCGCCUGGGCUUCGAGACCAGCCAAAUCCGCCUUGUGGACUCCGUGCGGCCCCCGCCCGACGCAGAUGCCAGCCUUUGCCUCCAAGUCGAAGUCCGAGCAAGAGUGCGAAACGAGACCAUGGACUGGGCCCUGGAAAUGAACUCUUGGCCCCCUCAUCGACUGAAGCGGGAGCUGAUAGUUUUCGUCCAGGAGAAUCUUGAUAUGCGGCCUCUACCAACGGCACCGGACAAAACGUGGGGGAGCUCUGGGGCUCUUGCAGAGAUCGUGCAUCAAAUGAGCGAACUCCUGAAGCAGCCCCUCGCUGCGCGUGGACCUCGUUCCGAUGACAAGGUCGGGGAGCUGUACAAAGACCUAUUGAAGAUACUGAGAGAGCGCUUCGAGAAAUGGCCAGACACCACGCCAGAGGAGCUCAUGGAAGAACUGCAGUGA